AUGGAUCGAGUGUUCAAGCGCGAUGGUACAUGCAACACACGAAUCCGUUCCUCGGAUGCCAUGCCUCUUCUCUACGUGCCCAAGAAGCGCAAGCCGAAAAUGUCCGAAAAGCCUUCGCGACUUCUCGCUUGCCCCAUUGAGAUUCAGCUCCACGUCUUGGAAUUCGUCCCAAGGGAGGGUUUGGUCGCCUUGUCGCGCGUCAAUAAGCAUCUCGCCAGUAUCGCCCAGCCUGUUCUUCACAGGGAGCUCGAUGUCAAUUGUCCUCGCGUCAAUUUCAAACGCCACUCCGCCCCGCUGGUCCUGGUUUUACGAACUCUUCUCUCACGACCUGACCUGGCUCAAGCUGUUCAGCAUCUUCGCUUAGAUGGAUACGACUUUGUCGAAAGACGACUUAAUCAACUUCCGACCACACCCAUCUUCCAUCUCUCAGAUGAUGACAAGUUGAAGGCAGUCCAGUUCAUCAGGGCUUUGGAUCUUUACCAAGGCCUUGACUGGGCUAAAGCUUUCCUGAAGGGCCAGGUUGAUUCUCUGGUCAGUCUCCUUGUGGCUCUUACGCCAAGGGUCAGAAGCAUUUAUCUCGGCGAGUUCUUCUCUGUUGAGAUCUGCUACCUCCGAAUGUUGUUGCAUCCGGAGAGCUUCGGCAACCCAGAAGGCAGUAACGUGCACAAAUUCGAGCAUCUCCGCCACGUUACUGUCGACAACCAUUGUGCGACGUACCAUCACACCCGUUUUGACUUCAACACCGUCUACCAAACCUUCUUUCAUCUUCGCAUGCUUGAGAGUCUGUCUAUCUCAGGAAGCUUUCCCGAGAAUUUAUCAGCCUUCACCAUCCCGGCGAAGUUGGAACAUCUUAAACGUAUGGAUCUGAAGCGAAUUGGUGAAGCGGAGCUUGGCCGAAUUCUCUCUAUGGCACCCAACCUGAAAGAGUUGAAAUAUACCUACGCCUGGUAUCCCUUGAAAAAUAUGGAUUCGACCCACGAACAGACGCUGGACAUGAAGACGCUAUGCGGUUCUCUGGAAGGUCAUCGACAGAAACUCGAAAAACUUGAGCUCCUCGCUCUCGAUGACGGUGACGUCCUGGCCGAAGAGCCAGACAUUGCAUGCCGGCCAUUAACCCUUCAGGGCUCCUUUCUCAAACUGCACGACUUCUCGAAUCUUCGUAGUCUUGCCGCCCCGUGGAUUUUCAUUGCCGGGCCGUCGAAGGGGGAACACUCUUCGCCACUGCACCGCCUCAUCCCGAAGUCCGUGGUGCAACUAACCUUGACAGACGAUCUUUGUCUACAGCCGUACUGGGACUGGGGUCCCGAGGAGGUAUCGGGUAUGCUAACCGACUAUUGGGACGAUCUGAAAGAUACAAAGACUGCUCUUACCACGAUGUUCCUUGUGGGACCGCUACUCUCGAAGCUGUUCACUCAGGACAAGUUACAUGUACACGUGUCGAGACAACUUGCUGGUUCUGCGGGUGUCACUCUUUUGUCAGUCGAGCUGACUAUUGAUAACCGUGACGCAUUGCGUGCCGCGGAGGAGCGUGCACGUCGCUAUGGGAGCCCAUGA